UUCUCUCAUUCUAAUCUAAUAGGGCGUGAUUCACGCGGUAAUGGCUGGUGUAACUUACAAAACGUCACAUUGAUACACACGAUGGCAUUAUCUGAAUCCCAAAUACCACCUGACGCCCAGCAUUAUUUGGUGUGUGGCACUGAAGACUGUGAGAAGAACUGUCAGUUUUACUGCAAUGACUGUCACCAACAAAUGUGUAAACAAUGCAGAGAUGAACAUCAGAAGAAUAAGAAAACCAAAAACCACGAAGUAGUCCCUUAUAAACAACGCAAACGACCGCUUCCUCUGGAGAAAUGUAAAAUCCAUCCCACAAGAAACAUAGAACUUCUCUGUGAGGAAUGCCAGAUUCCCAUUUGUUCUAAAUGCACGGGUACAAAAGAACAUCGCGGCCAUGCGUUUACUGAUCUAGAAUUGGUCUUUGCUGGAAAAUGUUCACACUGUCACAUAGAAAUUACCAAAAUUCGAAGCUAUUUUGAGCCUACUUCUCAAGAUUUGAAAAAGGAAAUUGCUAGAGAUGUCACAGAAAUAAAGAAGAGCAUGGAGGGUGUAAGAACAUCCAUGAAGACUGAAGCUGAGUCUGUGAAAAAGCUGGUAGAAACAAUUACAUCAGAUAAAAUAGAACAAGUCAACAAAAUAGAACAGUCAUUAUUAGAAACAUUAAACGGUCAAAAUAAAAAAAUAGAUGAUUACAUCAAUUAUCUAAAUGAUUUAAUCAAGACGUUUUAUGGUUACCUAUCUCCCUCAAACAUAGAACAAUUAACAUUUGCCCUCAAAUCAGAAAACUUGGUCAUUAGACCCAUACCAGAGACAUCCAAACCAGUCCCACCCAUAUUUACUGCUGGUCCAUAUAGCAAAGACGAUGUCGCAAAACUACUGGGUAGAAUAACUUUCCCCAACACUAAACCAGAGAACAGGGAAAUAAAGCCCAUGGAGACUGCCUUUACACAGUUGAAACCUACAGGGAAACAGAGGAAACAAGACAGAGAGAAAUCUGACGUGAAACAAACACUGUCUCUGUCUUCCUCUGUCACCAAGGUCAGGGAGUACACAGUACCAGGUGUUGAUUGUGUAUAUCAUAUAUCACUGGGUAAAUCAGGCAGAUUCUGGUUCAGUGAUUAUGAUGGUAACCUUGUCCAAACAGAUCUACAGGGGAAUCAACUACAAAAGAUACAAACCAGUGGUGAAUUAGAAGGCUACCACACAGUCACACAGGACGGGGAUCUGAUCUAUACAGACAAAGUCAACACAGUCAUCAAUAGGAUAACACCGGAUAAUACAAUCACUGAAUUCAUAAAAACAGGAGACUGGCAACCACUCAGUAUAUACUCCUCCAAAAUCAACGGGGACCUACUGGUGGGGAUGAGGAAGAAUGGAGAGGGUAAAGUCACCAGGUACAACAAGACAGGGACAGAGAUACAGAACAUACAGAUAAACAACAAAGGACAGGAACUGUAUGAGCUACCGCACUACAUCACAGAAAACAUCAAUGGUGAUGUCUGUGUAUCAGACUAUAGACAAGAAGCUGUAGAGGUGGUGGAUAAAUCAGGACAACACAGGUUCUCCUACACAGGUCAGGAGUCAUGGUUUAGACCCUAUGGAAUAUGUACUGAUGUACUCGGUCACAUUCUGGUGUGUGAUGAAACCAGUGACACAAUUCAUCUUCUGGACCAGAACGGUCAGUUCUUGUAUCUACUACUAACAUCACAACAAGGGGUAGAGUAUCCCUGUAGUGUGUGUGUGGAUGAUGAGAACAAUCUCUGGGUGGGACAAGAUGACACCAACACAGUGACAGUGUACAAGUAUCUACAGUGAACAUUAUAUGUCCAUACAAUAAUUACAUGUACAUGUACAUGUGUACGUACUUUUUGUAUGUUGUGAGACAAUGUAACAACAACACUGUGAUAAAGAUAGUGUAUAAUUACAGGUAUCUACUGUGUACAUUAAAGUACAUAUUAUGCAUGUAUUAUACAUAUCAUUCAAGACAUAUAUAACCCUCUGUAUGUUUAUUUGUUAUAUUUCUUAUUAGAUUAAUGUCAUUGCAGAAGAGGUGAAUAUUAAAUAUACAUUUAUUAACAAUAUUUGUUUUCAAAGUUAUUAGAAACUGCUAGCUUAAAUCUUGUCAAUACCUA